AUCUUUGAAGGCCUAGUAGCAGCAUUCAUGUUGAUAUUCGGAAUCAGCAUCGUCGACUACCUAUAGUCCACUCGGUUUCGUUGAAAAAGCGAUUUAUCAGUUGGGGUACUUCCCGCGUUAGUUUCAAGUUUAGGGAACGAAAAUUAGGGUCUUCAAGCUAUUUUCACCUAAUAUUAAAAAUUCACUAUUCAUCCAAGAAACACCAGAACGAGCUCGAAACUUCAGAAUAUGAUUACUUUUGUCCACUAAACAUGGUUAUAAGAUCAAAAAAAUCAAAAACACAUCGAUCUAUGAAAUAAUGAAACUUUCAGAACACGUCUACUAUGGUGUUCGUUUCGAAGAAAAAAUACUGAGUUUGGUAUUCUAAAAAUAUAUAUAGUGACCUAGGCGUGCAAACGCUGCUAAGUGUACACUGAUAUCUUCUUUAUACAUUGGCACAAGUCUCAGACCUCCAUGUGCCAUGGUUCAGGAAUUGGAGGCAUUCUCCGGAAACUCGUCCUCCGGUUAAACUUUAAGCCUGGGAAGCCGAAAAGGCUUGAUGUAUAGGUUUUCAAGUAAGCUGAAUAACGUGACAAUGUUUAUUUUGUUAUGGCACACUAUUUCGUAACCGAACCUUUAAGUACCGGCGACGUUAAACUGACAGGGGUUGCGCACUGAUGACUGUCGUUCAAAAGUUGUCUGCUAAACUUGGUUAUAAGAUCAAAAGAAUCAAAAAGGCAUGUUUUUGUUAAUAGCUUUUCCAGAAAACCCUUCAAAAAACGUGGCAUUGAAAUCUCGACCAGUUACUGUUUUCGUCGAAAAAAUGGAAUGUUGUAGGAAAUAAACAGCAAAAGAAAGGAAAAAACGGUGGAUUUUUCUCUUUGUGAGAAACGUGACUCAUUGUCAAAUUUCUCAGGUGUGGCUAAAAAAGAAAAUUUUAACAAAAAUUACAGAAAUAGGUACAUGGAGUAAGACUUUGAGAAUAAUGGAAUNGUGACUCAUUGUCAAAUUUCUCAGGUGUGGCUAAAAAAGAAAAUUUUAACAAAAAUUACAGAAAUAGGUACAUGGAGUAAGACUUUGAGAAUAAUGGAAUGAAUCAUCAUUUAUAAGCAGGAAAAAAUCCGGGAAUUGAUUGAGAUUAUUAGCUAUAAAGCCUGACGUGCUGCAGAGACGUGCUGGACAGCAGUCAAACAACGGGUAACGUUAAGCUUUCAUGUUGAGUUGAUGUGGGUGUUGGUGACUGUUGGCGGCUGUUGGUGGAAGUAUUUCCUUCAGGGUACCUUAGGUGUAGGUCCAAGUGGGUGUUGGUGGAUGGUGGUGUAGACUUAGCUGACGCGCUCCAUCGAUCUAGACUGGUCUCGGGCAGUUUGGGAAUGUUGGUGGGUGAUGGCGUAGUUUACAAAUACCCUUCUCGCUCCGUGACCUCAUAAUUUCCGCAUGUCUUAGAUGGUUUCAGUGGUCACUACGUAGCACUGUUGAGUUCCUUUUUGCUGAAUCUCUCGUGAAAAUAACUUGAUAAUAAAUAACUUGAUAUUUCUCUGAUUUUCAUGCAGUAAAAUGAUUAGCGUAGCAUAAAUUACUGUUAUUUAUAUCAGGAACUGAAUACUAAUUGAACAUUAGACAAUUUGAACCAAACUGAAUCGAAUAAGGAUUUGGAGCAAAUCGGUCUGCCGUAUGGCUUGCUCUGGGUAUGGAGUGGGAUUACAAUUUAUGUCUUUUCUCUUUCUCACUCGUACUAGUAUUUGCUAGCUGCUUUUUUGUUCGUAUGAGUUUAAACCGAGUUUGAGUAAGAACAAUUAUUGGAUAAAAAUCGGUUAGCACUAGAAACCGGUUUUUAAAUGUGCAAAUAAACGAUAACAACAAUUAUUGGAUAAAAAAUUUGUAAAAAUGCUCACUUUUAUACUUGAAGAUAUUUUGAUGAAAUUUUCCAUGUUUUUAUUUUUAUUUUGCCGGCUGGUGGGUGAAAUCGGUUUUGACUGUCGUUAAUCUCAUAUGGUAAAUGAGGAGUCGAAGAACAAAAGAUACAAAUUUGCACCAAAAACUCAAUGAUCCCAACGCUUACUAUAUCUCGACAGAAGUGUUAUUGCUGACUAGAAUAAUUCCUCGCGGUUAUUUCAGUCAAUUGUGAACAUCGAAACUGUUUUCGAAAGGCAAAGUUCAACCUACUAUCUCCACCGCAUGUGUGUAGAGUAAUAAGAUAUCCUUUCUUCAAGUUUCAUCUUGAUCAAAACCAUCACGUGCUCGUCGACCUUUUAAUCCUACAGAGACCUUGAUCGACCAAAAUCAAAUGACAGUGUUUUUGUUAGCAAUCUAGACUAUUCUUUUCCCAUAUAUAAUGCGCGAAUGAAAGAAUAACAUAUAAAGAAAGAAUCCUCUCCAGACUUCACACGUUUAACGUGAUAAACACGAUUUGUAGUCUACAUUAUUUUUUAUUCCGUUUUACUAUAAAAUGAAGAGAAUUGUGCGUACUUUCUUUGAAUCUUAUCUUGAUCAAAAUCAUCAGGUGCCGUAAUGUUUUGGAUUAAAGAAUGCUACGAGGUGGGAUAUCUUCCAAGAUGAUUGAGUUCAGAAUGUGUAACCUCUCUUGUUUUUGAAUAUUUGGACAUCCUUGACUUUUUUGUGGAAUGUUUAACUGUCUUUCCUAUUUUUUUAUGUCUCAGCAGAACGAGCCAGCAUGUCUAACAUCGUGAAACCAUUCUUUGAACAAAAUCCAUCCUCAGCAAAAGUCAUUCCAUGUCGUUACGGCAUGAAUUGUUACAGAAUAAAUCCGAGUCAUUUUGCACGUUUUUCUCAUCCACCUGGCUUUACAAGCAAAUCAAGAAUCGUCGACAAUUCCCAAGCGGUAACUGAUCCUCAAAAUCAACUGAGAAACCAACAACCAGACAUUGCAGAAGUACAACCUAAAGAUAUUGUAAAACUGGUUCGUACAAUAUUUGCGCCUUCAGAGACUAAUAAUAAAUGCUAUGAGCAGCAGUCUAUGAAAAAGUUGCAUAAUUAUAAAAACAACAAGUAUGAGAACAAUAAUUAUGAGAAAGUAAAAAAUAAUCGAGAACCACGUGAAUUAGGAAAAAAGCGAAUAUUGGCAAUCAGACUUGACACACCUGACUACUGGGGUUUAAAUACAUUUGAUGCACCCCAUCUAAAAGUGGAUAUUCGUCCAGGAUCACCAGAAUUUGUUAGGAUCAGUAGACUGCUCAAUACUACAAUCGGAACCCAUGAUAAUAAAUUUGGAACAAUCUAUGGAAAAGAUCCGACAAAGUUUAUCGUCACAAAAAUUACCCGAAUCCACAAUCAGAAUCUUUGGCAUGCAUAUUGCUUCAAAAAAAACAGUAUAAUUCAGAAAAGCAAUAAUAGACUGGUCGAUUACGAAAGUUCAGAAUAUUUGCAAAUCAGUCCAUUAUUGACACCGUUGUUGGAUGCAGCCGCUAAUGAAUAUUAUCUAUUUCAUGGUUGCGACUACCAGAUAUUAAAGCAUUUGUUAUAUAGUGGUUACGAUCCUAGAGUAUCAAAUUUACAUGGAAUGUUGGGGGGUGGAUUUUAUUUGGCUGAAAAUUCAAGUAAAUGCAAUCAAUAUAUUCCAUGCCCUGGGUGUGGUAAGAAUUCAAUACCUUCUGGUAGUGGGUGCAACUGUCCAGAUCAGGAAGAUCUUGUGUUUUCAAUUAUUCUCUAUCGAGCAAUAUUGGGAGAUGUACACAUUGCAAAGAUGUACGAUAGAGCAAAAUAUUGUGGUGGGAGUAUGGACCCAGUGCGUCGACCGCCGACGAAAGAAAACGGAUGUGACUUGUACGAUUCUGUAUUGGGUGAAAGUAUAAAACAUGGUGGUAAUAAACUAAGGCAUCGCGAAGUUAUUUUGUACGAAUCCGGCCAAGCGUAUGCAGAAUAUGUAAUACAAUUUAAACGAUGGGCUGUAAAUGCACGUAUGUCUUCUAGUGCAAAAUCUGUAGAAGAUAAAUGCGUUCAAAGUUAA